AUCUACCCGCGGGGCCCUGCCUGGCAAUCGGAUCCGGGACCUAGAACAAAGGCAGCGGCCAGGUGUUUCUCCGGGUUCCUAAAAGCCAGCAGGAGACCAAGGUGCAGCUGGGAGCUGAGACAAGCUGGAUUUUGCCUGCACUGCAACACCUGGUCUGCUAGACAAGGGCUCUUGCUUUGAAGAGCGGCACUUUCCCAUCAGGCCUAGGAACGGUGUUAAGGGGUCUCCUGCGUCCCUGGUUGUGGCGGGCCCCACCGUGAGGACACCAGACCCUUCCGCCCCAUCGCACAGCCAUCCUCUUCCCCCCAGCCCCACCCCGCCUGGUCUGUGGUUGGGCAGCUCGGCCAGCGCGAGGACUUGGUGGGGCUACACAGCUGUCAGGGGAACUGUGCUAUGAAUUGGUGCUUAUGGAUUGCCUACCUCAGCCUGUUCGCCAUCAACUUUGCUGAAGGUAACGGCCAGGCGGAGGCUCAGGCCGUGGUUGGACGUGUCGGAGAAAGCGCAAUCCUCGGCUGUGACCUUCUGAACGCAGAGGAGGCACGCCCCCCUCUCUAUGUGAUCGAGUGGGUCCGCUUUGGCUUCCUCCUCCCCAUCUUCAUCAAGUUUGGGCUCUAUUCCCCACGCGUGGAUCCGGAGUACGUCGGUCGUGUGCGGAUCCAGGAAGGCGCCUCCCUGCGGAUCGACCUCCUGCGGACAGAGGACCAAGGCUGGUACGAGUGCCGCGUGCUCUUCCUGGAUAGACACAGCAACGACGACGAGUUCCGGAAUGGCACCUGGAUCCACCUCACCGUCAACUCUCCCCCCACCUUUCUGGAGACCCCGCCAGCCCUUGUGGAGGUGCCGGACAGAGAAUCCCUGACUCUCACCUGUUCCGCCAUUGGCAACCCCCAGCCUGUCAUUGCCUGGAAGAGAAACGACCUGCCCAUCCAGAGUGGAGACAAGGUGCAGGUGAGCAAUGGGACACUGAGGAUUGCCAGCGUGGAGCGGGCCAGCGCUGGCACCUACACGUGCCACGCCUCCAGCAAGGAGGGCUGCGUCACCCACACCCUCCGCCUGCUCGUUCAAGGGCCACCGGUCAUCGUGGUGCCUCCACAGAACAUCACGGUCAACAUCACCCAGGAUGCCUUCCUGGCCUGCCAAGCUGAGGCCUAUCCUGGCAACCUCACCUACAGCUGGUUCCAGGGGGACAGCAACGUCUAUCACCUCAGCCACCUGCAGGCUCGUAUUCGUGUCCUGGUGGAUGGGAGCCUCUUGCUCCAGAAAACAAUCCCGGACGACACUGGCAAAUACACCUGUGUCCCUAGCAAUGGGCUGCGGACACCGCCCUCUGCUUCGGCCUUCCUCACAGUGCUGUAUCCAGCCCAGGUGACCACCAUGCCACCAGAGACUCUCUUGCCCAUGGGGAUGCAGGGCGUGAUACAGUGCCCCGCCAGGGCCAACCCUCCUCUUCUCUCUGUCAGCUGGACCAAGGACGGGCAUCCCCUGGAGCUUGAUAAGUUCCCUGGCUGGUCCAUGGCUCCCGAUGGCUCCAUUCUCAUCGCCACCGGGAACGAUGAUGCCUUGGGGCUUUACACCUGCACCGCCUACAACAGCUACGGUACGGCUGGCACCUCAGCACCCACCCGCGUCGUGCUCAAGGAGCCUCCCGUGUUCACCGUGCGCCCCAAGGAGGAGUACUUCCAGGAGGUGGGCCGCGAGCUGGUGAUCCCGUGCGCUGCCCAAGGAGACCCUCCACCCACAGUCACAUGGGCAAAGCUGGGGAGCACAGGGAGGAACGGCACCCAGGUGGGCGGGAACAGCAGCCUUGUCUUCUGGCCGCUGGUUAAGGAGCAGCACGGGGCCUGGCAGUGCACGGCCAGCAACCAGGUGGCCCGGAUCAGCACCAUCACCUCCGUCUAUGUGCUGGGUACCAGCCCCCACGCGGUCACCAACGUCUCGGUGCAGCCACUGCUGCUGGCUGCCAACAUCUCCUGGGAGCCAGGAUUUGACGGGGGAUAUUUCCAGAGGUUCAGCGUCUGGUACACGCCACUGGUGAAGCUCCUGAACCGGCCCCAUCACGACUGGGUGUCGCUGACCGUGCCUGUGGGGGCCAGGCACCUCCUGGUGGAGAACCUGCAGCCGGCCACCGGCCACCCCUUCAGCGUCCCUGACCGCCAACGAGACGUCGCGGGGGGUCCUGCUGCAGUGGGAGCCCCCGCUGCAGUUCUCCGUGGCCCUGACAGCCCCGAAUGGCUGCCCUGGUUUCUUUCCUCAAUGUCUCCUUUCCCUCCAGGUUUCCCAGCCACUGAGGUGCCUCUUGAGCCACCCACCACAGCCCCACGCGUCUUCCUGUCCCCUCCACAGUCCCUGACCGCCAACGAGACGUCGCGGGGGGUCCUGCUGCAGUGGGAGCCCCCGCUGCAGUUCUCCGUGGCCCUGACAGGCUACGCCCUGGAGUUAUGGCAGGGGCCGGGGGGGUGGGGGGGGGGGACCCAGGUCCUGGUGCCCGGACUCAUCAAGGACGCCUUCUACGAGUUCCGCCUGGUGGCCUUUGCCGGAAGCUACAUCAGCUACCCCAGCAACACAGUGAACGUCUCCACAGCAGGUAUGGAGGUGUAUCCGUCCCGCACUCAGCUGCCCGAGCUCCUGCCGCAGCCUGUGCUAGCCGGUGUCAUCGGGGGCAUCUGCUUCCUCAGCAUGGCUGUGAUCUUCAGCACCAUGGUCGCCUGCGUCAUGAACCGCCGGCGUGCUGCCCGCCUCCAGAAACGCAGGCAAGAUCCACCAAUCGUCUUCUCCCCCAACAAGAAGCUUCCACCUCCGCAAAAUUCUAACAGCUCUAGUAGCUCGGACAGCACCCUGAAGCUCAAGCUGUCGGCCUCCCCAUACCAGAGCUUGCAUCGGACCCUGCUGUGGAGUGAGAAGGCUAGUUCCUGCCUGGGCCUCACCAUGGCGGGGGGCCCCCGGACCAGCUCCAAGUACACGGUGUACGAAAGCCACAUCGGAGAUGCGGUGCCCUUGGAGCGCAUCUCCCGGGGCCCUGAUGGACGCUUUGUGGUGGAGACGGACAGGCAGCCCCAGGAGCUCUUCCCCUGUGCCCCGAAUGACUGGGGGCUCCGCCAUGGCCGCUACUUCGGCUACAGCAGCAGCAGCCCCACGGAGGAAGCCAAGCCUUUGUGCAUUGUCAACAUCAGCCCCGUGGCCUCCCCGGUGCCUCUGCCCUUGAGCGCCGUGGAGGAGGUGCAGGGCGGCCCGGGGGGCGAGGGGCACUGCCAGAGCACCGUCAGCGUGCUGCGCUGCUCCCCGGGCCCCGGGGGCUCCCCUGUGCUCAGCAGGCUGCUGCCCGCCCCGGCUCUGGCCAGCCCCGAGCCACUGGGCUCCGGGUCCCCGAGCUCCUCGGCCCAGAGUGGGAUCCUCCAGUCCCUGAGCCUGCCUUUCUUCAAGGAGAUGAGCGUGGAUGGAGACUGGCCACCCCAGGAGGAGCCCUGCCAGCCCCCAGCCCUGGGCAGCACGGAGCCCACCCUGCUGGGGGAGGAGAGAGAGCAGAGCAGGGAGGGGGCAGCCUGCCUGGACUACAUGGACACACGGGCCACCCCCCUGCCUUUCUUCAAGGAGAUGAGCGUGGAUGGAGACUGGCCACCCCAGGAGGAGCCCUGCCAGCCCCCAGCCCUGGGCAGCACGGAGCCCACCCUGCUGGGGGAGGAGAGAGAGCAGAGCAGGGAGGGGGCAGCCUGCCUGGACUACAUGGACACACGGGCCACCCCCGAGUCUCCUCUGGAACAGGCACCCAGCAAGACUCUCCUGAAACCGCCAGAGCCACAGUUGGGCCCUGCCAAGGCCGCCCUACCUGGGAGCACGGGCUGGCCAGGCUCCCUGAGCCCCGGCUCCACCCCGCUCCUGGCCACAGACAGCAGCAGGACCGAGCUGAUGUGCACAGCCAUCUCCUCAGAGCCCAGCUGGGCCCGGAGCCUGCAGGAGCAGCCGCUACCUGGAGAGCUGCUGGAAGCUCAGGUGCCCGAGAAGUACCAAGCCCCAGGCAUCUUCUGCUUGCCGGGGCCACCUGCUGAAAAGCUGCUGCGAGCCAGUCUGACCAGCAACAGCAGCGGCCGGGGCAGCGUGUCCUUCCUGAGGCCCCCCUCGCUGGCGCUGUCACUGGUGGGCACCUACCUCAGCUCCCCGCUAGGGGAAAUAGGCGGCUGGCCGAGUGGAGGCGAGUCCCGGAGCUCUGUGACAGAGGAGGGCAGGCCGAGGAAGGAGCUGGCCAUCGCUACCGUCAGCAAGAGGAGGAACACGUCUGUGGAUGAGAAUUACGAGUGGGACUCGGAGUUUGCGCUGGAGUCAGACAUCCUAGAGGCGCUGCAGCUGUACCGCAGCGGGGACCCCAGGAGACCCGUCUCCACCAUCGCUGUGCAGGAGCUGGAGCGGCAGAGUGCCAAAGCUCCCAGUGAUGGCAGUGGCUCCCCGAGGAACUCGAAAUCGGUGGAUGACCUGGAGGCGCCGGGCUCACCUCGGGCCCUGGCCAGCCCGGAGGCUCGCUGCGCAGUCCUGAAGGAGGAGUUCCUGGCCUACCGGCGCCGCAGAGAAGUUCUCCAGCAGCGCAGGCAGCGGUUGAGCAGCCGCGGCUAUGACGAGCGCUUUGAGCAGGCCACGCUGCUGUAAGAGGAUGCGCCCCGGCUGGGUGGCUGCCACACCCCCCCAUGGGAUCAUUGGUGCUGGCCUGCAGGCAGCCAGCGCCCCGGCCCACACGCACACCGGGCCAGGAAUCAGCAGCCCCCGGCAGUGGCCAGUCUGCCAGACUAUCGUUGGGCCAGUGAUGCAGGAAGCUUGUGCCUGCCAGGUGCAGUUAGGCCAGGCCAGACCUUUGUACUGCACACAGCUGGGCAGCUGUGGGGCCGAGGGGAGCCCAGGCUCAGCCCCUACUCUAGAGCCAGCAUAUGCCCCAGGCUGCUUGGCCCUGCUGGACCCAGGGCCAGGCCGAGGAGACGUGCGCUAGCACCCGAGCGCAGGGAGCCCCUGAGGGCUCCUCGCGGGGGACGGGUGGAAGUCAGAGGAAUUUGUAAUGGAAUAAAGAGAAUUGCCCAGA